CUCUGUUUUUUUUCCUUUUUUUUUUUUGAGGGGAUUCCCCGUCUCCUCUCGACUCGAGUCCUCCGCGCACCGCGCGUGCAUAUAAGCCCAGUCCCCAGCCCAUUUCCCCUUUGCUUUGCUUCGCCUGCCAACAUUUCCUCCUCCCUCCCGUCCCGUCCCGUCGCCUCGCCGCCUCCGCACGCGAAACGCAGCAGAAACCGCCGCUCCCUCCGCCCGCCCCUGCUCGGCCGUCUCCCCUUUGCGUGCGAGAGGAAGGAGAAGGAAGGGCCUUCUUGGACAAGACUAGAAGCGUCUCGGGGAAGAGAGGAGAUGGCGAUCGACCACGAGUCCCCGUUCAAGGAGCUCCGCCUCAAGAACCGCAGGAUCAUGGGAGGCGGCGGCCCUGAGCCGGAGGAGGAGGCCGCCUCGGCGGCGUACGGGGACCAGUGGCCGCGCUGGCUGCAGCCGCUGCUCUCCGCGCGCUUCUUCGCGCAUUGCAAGACCCACAGCGACUCGCACCGCAGCGGCGAGUGCAACAUGUUCUGCCUCGACUGCUCCGCCGCCGCGGGCACCGGCGCGCUCUGCUCCCUCUGCCUCGCGCACGGCCACCGCGACCACCACACCAUCCAGAUCCGCCGCUCAUCCUACCACGACGUCAUCCGGGUCUCCGACAUACAGCGCUUCAUGGACAUCGCCGGCGUGCAGACCUACGUCAUCAACAGCGCCCGCGUCGUCUUCCUCAACGAGCGGCCCCAGCAGCAGAAGCCCGGGUGCGGCGGCAAGGCAGCCUCCGCCUCCGCCAACCUCUGCGAGGUAUGCGCCCGCAGCCUCCUCGACAACUUCCGCUUCUGCUCCCUCGGGUGCAAGGUCGUCGGCUGCGCCCCCGACGCCGCCAAGGCCAGGAGCUGGCUCCUCCGGCCCGCCUCCGACGGCAACGCCUCCUCCUCCGCCCUGCGGAAUGCCGACAAGAAGCAGAGCUUCUCGCCCCCGACGCCGCCGACCCUGCCGACGAAGCGGCGCAAGGGCAUCCCGCACCGCGCGCCGUUCGGCAGCCUCAUCGUCGAGUACUAGUCCUCGGCGGCGGCAUUGGCAUUACACGCGCGCGGUAAAGUAAAAGUACUCUUCAACCAACGGAAUCGCAGUGCGAGUCGCUGAAUCCGUGCAUGAAUCACAGUCCGCCAUUACGGCAAUGGGAUGGCCACCACUUCGGUGGCCGCCUUCCUUUGCCAUGGCACUUUGGGGUUGGUGGUGCUUCUCGAGGUGGAUGCCAUUUGCUCGCUGGCUUUGCUUUCCACAAAGGGAGAGGGAAAGAAAUGUGGAGAAGAAAGAAAGGAGGGUGCUUGAUGCUAGACCAACUACUCCUGCCGCAACUAUGUCAAUCAAACUAGCCUUUCCAUUACUAAGAGUUAAUUACUGCUGUUAGGACAGAAGAUAUAUAUUUCUGAUAGAAAUAUAUGUACAUGUUUAGUCCUGUUCUGUUUCAUAUCACCAUAGUGGAGCAGUAUAGCCUAGCUUUUGUGAUGCUCUUACCUUUACUAGAUUAGAUGUCUGAAGAAUGUCAGGAGAUAAUCAGUCAGUGCUAAUAAGCAAUGCAGGUGGCUCUGCUCCCUUGCAUCCUCCUUCAGAGUUUUGUGAUGGACCUGUUGUGCUUGAUUGGUGUCAGUCACAACUUAUAUAAGCAGUAGUGCUUUCUUCAUCUGCAAGUAUGCAUUGCCUAGUUGAGGAUGAGAAUGAGAUGAUAGAUCCCGAACACGUUUCUAUGA